AUGUUUAAAAUACAGUCUGGAGUUUUAUUAAUAUGUUUUAUCGGGUCAAAUAGCACUAUAAUCGAUUUUAAUGAAGUUCAAAAAAGUAUUUUACAAUGGAAGAACCAGAAUUUACUCAAUCUCAGUGAGAUUGGAAUUACAACAAAUGGUGGAGGAUUUGACUUCAGUGAUGUAAAAAAUAAGAUAUUGCAAUGGAAAACUCAAAAACUUCAAGCUUUAUGUCCGUCAAACGGCCAGCAACUGCAAAAUUUAUUGAACAUCGUAUGCAGUACGUCGCAACCUACUAACGUCACCCUGAGAGAUGCUUGUAUUAGUUGUUUUUCGCAAGUAACAUCGAUGGCUGAGGGACCUCAAGAAUUGAACGCGUUAAGUGUUUGCGCUGUACAAUAUUUUACUGGCGCAUAUGCGGCAUGUGCCACAGCACUUAUGGCUCUAUCUACAUCUGCAUUAAAUGUGCAACCUUCAGGAUGUUUCAUGGGCUACUGUGACUUUGUUCGAUGUCUUCGAACAGCUAACUCGGUUAAUUUGAUUACACAAUGCACAAGAGAAGCUAGAACGGGUGUGAAUAUAACGAUAGAUGCAGAUAACGUUCGAUUUUAUAGAAAUGUCACUUCCUGUAUAUUAGCAAAAUCGAGAUGUGGUACAUUUAAUCCGAUCACAGGGGAACCACAACUUCCUGGAUACACUUCUUCUGGAACAAGAGUUAGCAACGCUCUUCAGAUUUCAGAAACAGGAGAUCUUAGAGUUUUGGCAUUUUCAGCCAACACUCCUGUCAGUAAUUCUUUCUGCACGGCUUCUACCAAUUUGACGCAGUCGAAUUGGCUCACAAAUGUGUGCUGA